AUGGGCGACGCUCCCGAGCUCGAGGAGGGCGCGGAGGGGUUAUUGGACAAGUUGGCCGCAUUUCCGAUUGGUCUGUUGCAGCGGUGCGGCGUCAGCGCCCGCGCCUCCAUGGUGCUGAUCUGCGUCGUGAUUUGGUGGAGUUCUGCGAUCUACGUGACGGCCAUGUUCAAGAAAUCCACCAAGUACUCCAUGCCGUUCUUCACGCUGACGUUUCUGGUCAACACAACGUGCGGCAUCAUCUCGUUUGUCUUGUCGAAAGUGGUGCUCCGGGAGGGGCCGCUGCCGAAAAUGACGAAUGGCGAGCUGACGCGGGUGGUCGGCCUCGGGCUCAUCGCAGGCUGCGAGUUCGGGUGCUUGAACAAGUCCCUGGAGGGUUUGGCGGUGUCCGAGCGGACAAUGCUGCAGAACAUGAACGUGCUCCUCAUAAUGGCCGCAGCCCGGCUGUGCAAAUUGGAGUACAUCACUGCACUGCGUGUGGUUGCUGGACUCCUGCUGGUGGGUGGUGGCUUCCUGCAGUGCCUGGACUCCAUGGGAGGGGUCACGCUCGAGGUCACCAGGAGGGGCGACUCGGGGGGGCUGAACGUCGCGGGCACGCACUUGCUGGUGCACUUGCCCGAGCUGUCGGCGGUUGAGCAGGAUCGGGCCGACAGCCACGCCAAGGGUCUGACUUUCAUGCUCUGUUCGAUGCUCUUGACCGCCGUAAAGUGGUCACUGAUCCAGAUCAUGACCCAGAAGUCGAGUCCAGGAUCCGCUCUGGGAAGAAUGUCGAAACUGCAGUUGGCGUACCGCGCGCAGCCCAUCACCGGCCUGGUGUGCUUUGGCCUUGCGGCGUUCUUCGAGAGGUGCGCGUUGUGUCCAGAAUUGUUGUUGUCGUCGGGGAUGAUGUUAAUCAUGCCUUUCAUCUCUAUUGGCAUCGUCUUGAUCACUGUCUCCGAGUUGAAGGUAGUCCAGCUGACAUCUGCAGUAGCCACUGCUGUGUUGAUGAACUUGCACCAUAUCCCCAUGGUGCUCGUCGGCGUUAUCUUGUUCCAGGAGACCGUGAGCGUCAAUGCUGCUGUGGGUUUCGUCUUAACUUGCGGUGGUGGCAUCGCCUACGCCAUGGCUGGGAAGCAAGAGCAGGCCAGGGGCAGCGGGGACUCCGACAGCUCCAGCGACUCCGACGACGAGGAGGAGGAUUCGGCCAAGUGA